AUGUCCUGUCUGCAACUGCCACCUACUACCAGUGGUACUCGAAGUGACCACAGCAUCUCCUCCCGCCCCAAACUCACCCUCCAAACAACAUCACUACCUCUGACCUUUGGCCGAUCCACAACUGGCCUGUCGCGCUCCUUCACUGCAACCGCCACUGCAUCGCCGACCGUCCAAAAUACCUUCAAAAAUGCCUACGAUGCCACAUCCCCAACUUCCACAACCACUUCGCCUUCCAAGACCUCCAUCUCCACUGGCACCUCGGGCCUGCGAUUAAACACCUCCGCCGUCGCCAUCGCCAAACCCAUCUCCCCCUACAUUCAUCACACCAACCCCAACUCCCCUUUCAGUUAUCGCAGCCCCUACAGCCUUCCACUCGGGGUGCGCAGCAUCCUCCGCAACUCCCCGCUCGAGGGAGCCUCACGACGGCGCUCAGGCUCCAUUUCCGCUGGCGCCGGUGGACCUGGCGGCGCAGGCGCACGCCGGGUCUUCUUCCCCGCCAAGAAGCAAGUCAGCUUCCGACACAUCCUCGAAGAAGAGAUUCGCACUGAGCAAUACACGGCGCAGCAUCUGGAUCUCAUACGGGAAGAGGCAGUGCACGAGGCAGACAGUGGGGCCGUCGGGACCAACAAUACGAACACCAUAACCCACCACGCCCAUACCCACACCCACACCCACACCCACACCGCCAUAAGCGUCAUCACGAAAGAUGACGAAGCUGCACUCGAAAUUAGGAUCGGCGUCGGGAUCGACGUCAGGGUCCGCGUCCGCGUCAGGGAAGAGCGCAAGAAACGCCGGACGCUGCGCAUUGAGCGACAGGUUCGCGCUGUGGCGCUGCUGGAUGGUCUCGAGGCUGAUCCGCACUCAUCAACACCGCAGACCCCGCGACAGAGCCGGGUUAAACGGCGUCGUGAGUGGAAGUGGACUCUUGGUCCUAUCGAGGGUAGUCCGGAUAGCGCGCAGACCGAACUGCCGCAGUCAAAACCUUUCGAUCAACCUGCAUGCAUUUUGACGGACCCGUGGCCGGAAUCAAAAUACCCAUCGCAAUGA